AUGAUUGUUGGUGCGGUUUUUUUGAUAGUUUUGUUGCCCGAUUUUGUGAAUGGUAGAAGUGUUGUGGAAGAUAGCCAGGUGAAAUUGGUGAUUUUUGGCGAGGGAAGAUGUCGCGAUACAACUUAGUGAGUUUUUUGGGGUGGAUGAAGAUUUUCAGCACAAAACUUCAGCCUAAAUUUAAAAAAUAGAAAUUUUAUUUCAAGGCCUUCGAUUGAAACCAAAUUUUCAAAAAAGUUUCUAGCUUCAUUAACAAAAUUCCAAAAUUUUCCAGUUUCUUUAAAUGGCACCUUAUGCCAAUGUUCCAUCUUUUUGGCAUCAAUUCGGGCGGUCGAUUAUCGAUUGAAUAUCAUCCGUUUGGUGUGAAGAGUUCGUGUGUGGAAAAUUCGAAGGGUGAGGUUAGGUGAGUUGUGAUUUAUUAUUGAAAACCUACGUAUAUUUUGGUCGAUUUCUCCGAAUUCCAAGUAACAGAAUUUUUUUUCAGAAAAUUUAAAAUGCUCAAUUUUAAGAAAUCGUCUAGAUCACGUUUUUUUUUUUGCAAAAUUAUUACUUUCAAUUUCGAAAAAAAACAUUUUGAAAUAAUUAUCUCCACCCAAAUUUCUCUGAUUUCCAGCUGUCUUUGCCACCACGGCGAACGUGAAUGUCUCCUAAACUCUCUCCAAGCUUGCGUCAUCGAAACUCUUCCAAACUUCCUCGAUUAUCUCGAACAUGUUGCUUGUAUUCAAGGAAGAGAAAAUAUCACAGAUGCAGCUGAUAGUUGUCUCCAUGAUCCAAUAUUCAAGCAAAAAAUGUUGGAAUGUGGAAAUUCGAAUCGAGGAAGGAAAUUGAUGUUGGAAAAACAUCAAAAAGUUCAGGAAAAAUUGGUGGAUUUUGUUGAUUGGGUUCCAUGGAUUUCAAUAAAUGGGGAACGCGAUAAAAAUGCGGAAGAUGAUUUAUGGCAAUUUAUUUGUGAUCGAUAUUUGAAACCGAGACCUGAAGAAUGUCCAAAGAGGAUUUGUUUCACUUAA